ACGUCUACGGUACGAAAACCGUCGAGAUGAAUUAACUUGAGCGAAGUGGGGAUUCGGGAGCAGGAGUUUUACUGCGAGGACUUUUUUUUUUUUUGUCGUUGUUGUUGAACGCGUUAAAUAUAUGUUAGUUAAAUUUCUAAAGGAUUAACUAAAUAACCUCGACGUGGAUGGACGGAGGAAGUCUGUUGUGGAGAUAAUUAGUGUCUGGUGGAAAACGGAGGAGACUCAGACUGUCAGAGUCGCUCACUCACUGGCUCUGAGGUUCGAUUUUUCAACACCGAACUUGUGAUGGCAGUUUUUUGUCCGUAAAAAUACGUCUCAAAAAUGACGUUCUUCCAAAUAAAAUAAGGGAAUGCUAAAAGCAGGAGUCCUUCGUUCGAGCAGAAACGGGUGAAAAAGUAGUUGAGGCCGAGAAAGCACUAGCCUAGGUUUUACUGUUCUCUACUCACUGUCUCCAUUCUCAGGAAUAUUGCAAGUUGGAGAAUGUCGAAAAUAGAGCGACUCAACGCCCGUGUGGCGAAGCUCCUGACGGUGGCGGUUCACGAGGUCCUGGAGGUGGUGAAGGAGACCGUGUCCGAGUACCAGGAGAAGACGGCUCGCACUCAGAGGGAGAACGAGAGCCUCAAGCGGAGGCUGCGGGAGCUUCAGGACAAGCUGAAGAGAGGAGGCACAGGGGCUACGCAGCCUGUUGCUCUACCUGCUGCUGGAGAAGGAGAUCCAACCGAACAGCAGCACUGUGAUCAGGAGUGGAGUCCUGCUCUGAGGCCAGAUGUAGACUUUGCACUGAGCGAAGAGAAACGGGAGCCUGAUGAGCAGGACAGAAGGCGGCACAGUGGCGACGAGCCAACGGGCUUGGACUUAGCGCAGCUGGCAGAGUCAGAAACUGAGUGCGAUAUACUGGUAUCGGAACUGAAUGCGAUGGGCUCUGAUUGCGUCCCUCAGAUGGCGGACUCGGCUCUGUCUGUCUUUACGUCUCGGCCUCUGGAAGAUAACACGGCUGGGAGCUCUGUGCAUACAGACCGUGUUCCAAACGGAAUGUGUCCAGAUCCUUCUGGUUUUUGUAUGCUGCCCAGUUUGGCUUCUGAGGAAAUUAAAACUGAACCAGAACCACUGGAAUAUAGUACAUCUGAACAGCACACAACGCAAAAUUGCUUCUACGAUUGCUCGGGUUCUGCCAGGAACAUGCCACAGGCAGAGUCCAUUUCCACUGGAGACCCUCAGCAAGUUACUGCAGGAUCCCAUGAACUGUUAUACAUUCAGCCAGACCACAGCACUUUCGAAGAGAGAUUUAUGUUUGCAAAAAAUACAAGAUCGGCAUCAGAUGCUCGCAAACGAAACCAGUGUAUUCGACUAGAGGAACACCGGUGCAUCCUAUGCGGUAAAACGUUCAGUCGCAUAGGGAACCUCCGAAUACAUCAGCGAUGUCACACAGGAGAAAAGCCGUACCGCUGCAUGCAGUGUGGAAGGUGUUUCAGUCACGCGGGAAACCUCAAAAAACACAAGAGAGUUCACACAGGGGAGAGACCGUACUGCUGUCAUCAGUGUGGCAAAACCUUCAGCCAGUCUAGUCACCUGAAGAAGCACCAGAAAAUUCACAUUAUCAGACACUUGAGUUGUCGCGUUUGCGCGCCGCGCCGCGCCGCGAGCGAACGGACCUCGAGGCGUCAGGCCCGUGAUGCUGCUCAGACGGCCUGUCGCGCGCAGCACCGCUCGCUCGCUCGCUCGCGCCGUCCUCAGGCUGUCCGAAGGGCUUCGUCAGGAGGCGGCCGACUGUGGGUGGAGCGCGCGCGCUCGGGUGCGGGGACGAGCCGCGGGAGCUCGCAAGUAUCAGCAUUGUGCAGAAUGUCGAAAAUAGAGCGUCUCAAUGCCCGCGUGGCAAAGCUCCUGGCGGUGGCGGUUCACGAGGUCCUGGAGGUGGUGAAGGAGACCGUGUCCGAGUACCAGGAGAAGACGGCUCGCACUCAGAGGGAGAACGAGAGCCUCAAGCGGAGGCUGCGGGAGCUUCAGGACAAGCUGAAGAGAGGAGGCACAGCUGUGCAGCCCGUCGCCCUGCAUGUAUCUGGGGAGAGAGUCGCUGUCGAGGAGGAAUGGAGUCCGAGCCUUAAGCAAAGUACCGAGGCCACUCUGACCGAAGAGAAGCAAGGGCUCACCGAAGAGCAGAGCGCCAGACAGAGGGAGGAGGAUCUUGGUGCAGCGGAGUCGCAUCACGUUGCCGAGCCGGAGAUUGAAUGUGGCGUCAUAGUAACUGAACGCAGUGCUCUGGAUCCUGACUGCCCAACCCAAAUGUCAGACGCAGGCCUCCCAGUCUUUAGGCCUCACUUGAAAAGUGACUCUAACCUGGACACCAUCCACAUUGUGAAUGUAUCUGACAGACUGUCUCCCAGCAGCUUCGGUUUAGCGAGAGAGCCCAGUUUGGCCUCCGAUGAAAUUAAAAUAGAAGCAGAUCCACCAGAUUACGUAACGUCCCAAGGACAUGCUACCAGAAGCCCUUUUCACGAGCAAGCAGUUUCAAAUGCGAACACGGAGCCGGAAGAACCAGCCAGCGAAGAGCUUCGGGAUAGCAGUGGGAUUUUGUCGUACGCUCAGUUUCACACAAAUUAUAAUAGUCUAGGGAGGAGAUUUGUAUUUAGCAAAAAUAUUAGGUCUUCUCUAGAAAAUAAGAAACAAAAACACGUUUAUCGAAAAGAUGAGGAGCAUCGCUGCAUCCUGUGUGGAAAGACCUUCAGUCGAAUUGGAAAUCUUAGGAUACAUCAGAGGUGUCACACAGGAGAGAAGCCUUACUGCUGCACGCAGUGUGGGAGGUGCUUCAGCCAAGCAGGAGACCUGAAAAAGCACAAACGCGUUCACACAGGGGAGAAACCGUACUACUGCAUGCAGUGUGGGAAGAGCUUCAGUCGCGGAGAAAACCUGAAGAGACAUCAGAAGAUUCACAUCGGAGAGACUCUGCAGCUGCACCAAGUGUGGAGAGAGCCGCAGUCCAACAAAACACUGUAAAUGU